AUGGAAAAUAGGCGAGACAGAUGGGGUCGCCGGCAACCUCGUAGAAACCCUAGCCAACGCAAAUUCCAACGACCAAAAGGAAUAAUCGAUGGAGCAGAUUUCAUCAACUCCUGCAUGCCAGAUGAUAUCCUCCACUAUAUUCUCUUCUUCAUUCCCAUCGAUUUGGCCAUGAGAACUUCCGUAUUAUCCAGACGAUGGAGGCAUGUAUGGUGCGAGAUGCCUUGUCUCGCAAUCGAUGAGUAUAUACUGAUCAAGGCUGCUGCAGGUGGGGUAAACCAAACCCUUAGCUCCUACACGGCGAGUUUCAAACUUCGUAUGCGCCUUAAUAACACUCUACCACCACCCCUGAUUGAUAGCUUGGUCGAGUUGGCAAUCUCUCGCAACGUGGAGAAGCUGUCCGUAACCAUCCUUGAUUUUAGGCUCCACAAGACUUACAGUUUUCCAGAUCUUUUCUACCUCAGCUCCUCUUUAAAUCAACUAGUGUCUUGGAAGUCCCUGAGAAACUUGUCACUGAUUGAGUGUAAACUUGGACAAGAAUCCACUGAUAAUAUUCUCUCUGGCUGUCCAGUUCUCGAAAGCUUGACAUUGUAUGCGUGCCGUUCCCUUGAGCGUCUUGAUCUGCGCAAGUCACUGAGUCUGAGGAGGCUGGAGAUAUAUCAUAGUCAUCCAGGACGAGAGCUGGAUCCUUCAGGACCAGUUGAGAUUGUAGCGCCACACAUCCAUUUUUUGAAAUUGACAGUAUACGCUGACAAACAAUUUACGUUAACGGAUGUCUCCUCAUUGACCGAGGCACACCUUUACAUUAGGAUUAAUAUACUCCUUGAUUCCACGGCUCAUUGUUUCCAAACCCUGGCGCUGGAGUUGCUAGCAAAACUGCACAACGUAGAGAGCCUAACUGACCCUUCUUCGGGUAUAUAUAUUCUAUCUCUGGCCGAGCUCCGUGGUGAUCCUUUCCCAACGCUCAAGGUCCAAACUUUGAUUAUUAGAACGGAGUUUGCUCAAUCUGUUCCUGGCAUAGCAAGGUUACUACAAAAUUCACCUGGGCUUAAGAAACUAACAGUAUACAUGAUGCACGGCUACAACAUAAUGAGUAGGAAUCUGGAUCAGUAUUGGGGAUUAAAAUAUAAGGUGUUUGCUCCUUCAAAUGACAGCUAUUCAAUGUUGGGUUGUAAUGUUGCAACGUCAAAAGUCUUGGCUUGGUUUAUGGAGCUGGUGCUGAGAAAUGCAAAGACAUUAGAGAAUAUGGUUGUAUGGUUGAGAAGUAGGUACUUUGAUGAUGCACAAUGGUUUGAAGAGCAACUUCAGAUAGUUGGAACACUUUCUCACAAUAAUAAUGUCUCCAUUCUACUGAAACGAAAAAAAUUCUAA